CCGUUAUUCAUAAAAGUGACCCAUGGCUCCAAAGAAGCCGAAGACGAAGCCGAAGGUAAUCUCAAAUUCAGUUACGAAGAAUCUGAAGCCGGAGAUGAAGCGAAUCGAUAGGCCGGCUUACUUCGCUAGAAGAGAAGCCGCUAAGGUCUUGCGCAGCGUUCUCCAUGGUGACGCUCGGCGCCGAGCCGUCGGUUCUAUUAAGUCCCUUGUUUACAGUCCUUCAAUCAGAAACAAAAAAGCCACCUACGCAUUGGUUUGCCAAACGCUCAAGUAUCUCCCAAUUAUUAAGGAUAUUUUAAUGGCUGCGAAUGUACUUAGUGGCAAGUGGAAAAGGCAAGGAGAGUUAAUGUAUAUAAUCACAUAUGACAUUCUUUUUGGCCAGGAGGGCUCAUUAGUCGGUGAUGCAGAAAAGUUUCUAAUGCUGAGAAAAGAUGCAUUACAGUCAGCUCUGGCACAGAUUUUGAAGUGUAAGGGAGUGAAAGAUGUAAAAGACUUGAUGACAUCUGCCCUUUCUUCCAGCUCCUUUCCUGCUUCUGAUGUACGGAAACCUCGUUAUGUUCGCGUAAAUACUCUGAAGAUGGAUGUGAGAUCGGCCUUGCUUGAGUUGAGUAAAAAGUAUGAGGUUCGGGAGGAUGACACCGUGCUUGGCUUAUUGAUACUCCCACCAGGUGCUGAUUUGCACAAUCAUCCACUGGUGAAAAAUGGAAGUGUUUUCAUGCAGGGCAAGGCAAGUUCCAUGGUUGCAUUAGCUCUUGGGCCCAAACCAGGAUGGGAGGUCAUUGAUGCCUGCGCAGCUCCAGGAAACAAAACAGUUCACCUAGCCGCUCUUAUGAAGGGAAAAGGGAAGAUUAUAGCUUGUGAACUCAAUAAAGAAAGGGUUCAACGCCUGGAAGAUAAUGUUACACUGGCUGGGGCCACUAAUGUGACAGUUAAGCAUGAUGACUUCUUGAACCUCAAUCCUGAAGAUCCUUCAUAUUCAAAGGUAUCGUAGUUGGAUCUUAUUUUUAU